ACGCGUUAGAUGACGUAGUCCAAGUAUAAGGGGUCCCUACUUACUGGAGGAUGAAAUACAUCAUCAUUCAAACAAUUUUAAUAAUUUCAACCAUUUUUUCAUCAAAAAUAAAACUAGCAUCGUGAAUAAAAAUGGUUUCAGUGAGAUGUGUGAUAAUGUUUCUCUUCUUCUGGUUUCUUCUUCUUCUUCCACAACUAACAUAUUCCAAGUCGCAGCCUUGUUUAUCUUCGUGUGGAAAAAUCACAAACAUAAGGUAUCCAUUCAGACUAAAACAAGACCCGGAACACUGUGGCAACAACAGGUACGAGUUGGAUUGUGUGAACAACGUUACGAGAUUGAGUUUGUAUGACGGUUACUAUUUGGUAGAAUCGAUCAAUUACAACAAUUACACAAUCCGAGUUGUUGACCCUAACAUUCAUCCCACCGAUUGCUCCUCUCUCCCUCGCUUCUUCUUAUCCCAAAACAACUUUACUUAUUACAAUGAUUCAAAGCAAAGAUACUAUGCCAAAGAAAAUAAUUCAUAUCAGUACUUAUUAAAUCGAUGGCCUUACAAGUAUACAGAAUAUCCCAAUCCCGAUUACCCUGAAUCUGAAUCAUCUAUGCCAGUAAUAUACAUGAAGUGUACAAGUCCACCAAGUAAGGUUGUGGAAAAGUACUAUGCCGACACGGCUUCAUGCUUGGAUCAACACAUGACAUACGCUAUUGUUGGGGACCCACAAUUUGCAAUUCUGGAGCCUCAAUGCCGUGUUAAGUCUAUUGCCCUCACAUCAUUCCUUUGGAAUACUGGAGCUUCAAAUUUUUACUACGGCGACGUUAUAGAAAACAUUUCAUAUAUUGAUAUUCACAAAGCGCUACAGUAUGGAUUUGAAAUUUCAUGGAUGCAAGCCUCAUGUCCUUGUGAUGAGUGCUUCUUCAACGACACGAUUGGCCACAUUCAAUGUACCAGAUUCAUCUGUGACUCCCGUUUUUGCGGAUUAGGAUUUUGGACAAACCUGUUAGACAUUCUAAUAAAUUAUUUAUUUGGCAUUUACGAAGGACUACGAGAGCUAACCGGUUUUAAGAAGCUAAUGAUAUUUGACCCAAGGAACUCAAUUAUAGACUCAAGUAUACGUUCAAGUAUAUUUAUCGGAAAGUAUGUUAUUCCAGGUAUUGUAGCUAGAUUUAUGAUAGGCUUGAUACUUUUCUUAGCGUUGUUGAUCUAUACAUAUAGAAGAAGACAUUCAUCAAUAUAUGAAAAUAUUGAAGAUUUUCUACAAGGUAAUACUCUCAUGCCGAUAAGAUAUUCAUAUAAAGAGAUAAAGCAAAUGACAAAAAAUUUCAAGAUAAAAUUGGGUGAAGGAGGUUAUGGAGAUGUGUAUAGGGGUAAGCUUAUAAGCGGGCCAUUUGUAGCCAUAAAGAUGUUGAAGAUAAAAUCAAAUGCAAAUGGACAAGAUUUCAUUAGUGAAGUUGCAACUAUAGGAAGAAUAUACCAUUCAAAUGUGGUAAGACUUAUUGGAUUUUGUGUUGAAGGAUUAAAACGUGCUCUUGUCUAUGAGUACAUGCCCAAUGGCUCUCUUGAUAAAUAUAUUUUCAAAAAAGAGGAAGUUAUAUCUUUAACUUACAAUCAAAUACAUGAGAUAUCUCUUGGAAUAGCCCGUGGAAUUUCUUAUCUCCAUCAAGGUUGUGAUAUGCAAAUCUUACAUUUUGAUAUUAAGCCUCAUAAUAUCCUUCUCGAUGAAAAUUUCAACCCAAAAGUUUCAGAUUUUGGUCUUGCAAAGCUUUAUCCUAUUGACAAUAGUAUUGUCACUUUGACAGCCGCAAGAGGAACAAUUGGAUACAUGGCUCCUGAAUUGUUCUACCAAAAUAUUGGAAGAAUAUCUCAUAAAGCAGACGUGUAUAGCUUUGGAAUGCUUUUGAUUGAAAUGGCCAGUAGGAGAAGAAAUUUGAACCCGCACGCUGAACAUUCAAGUCAACUCUAUUUCCCCUUUUGGAUUUACGAGCAAUUGGUUAAAAAUAGGGAGAAAGAAAUAGAAGAUUUUAUCAUGGAGGAAUUUAACGAUGUUUUGAAAAAAAUGUUCAUGAUUGCUCUUUGGUGUAUACAGUUGAAACCCGUUGAUCGCCCUUCGAUGAGCAAAGUAGUGGAGAUGCUUGAAGGAGAUAUUGCAAAUAUUGAAAUGCCUCCUAAGCCUAUACUAUAUCCACGUGAAACAACUCAAGAGAAUCUUGAUAGUGAAACAGAUAUUGGCUCUACCAGUUAUGUGGAGGAAAUUGAAAGCAAUUCUUUGUUAAAGUAUUCUGCUUCAUAAUUACAAGUAAUUAGUUUUGUUUUGAUGUCUUAUGGCCUAAUAUAUCAAUGUGGUUUUUGUGUUUUUGUUUGUCUGUAAAAUAUGAAAUAAGAAUUUGUGACUUUCGUUACUAAUAUGUAAGAACCAUACAUAUUUUUCUCAAAUUCACAUUAAACCCAAUCAUCAUGUGUAAUAUUUAUACUUGUCAUAUAGAUCCAUUUUCGUGUUCCAACUCUUUAAAAUAUCGGUGGUUGUUGGUAAAUGUAAUAUGGAAAAUAAAGGUAGAAUCUUAAUGCUACA